CCGCUCCGCGCUGCCCGCCAGGUCCGGCAAACGACAGCGAAGUGAUUAGGGAGCUCCCGCUGCAUGAGCGGAAGACGGUCAUGCUCCGCAACAUUCCCAACAGGUACACGCAGGUGAUGCUGCUGCAGCUCAUCGACGCGAAGGGCUUCGAGGGCACCUAUGAUUUCGUGUACCUCCCAAUGGAUUUCCGCAACGGCGUGAAUCUCGGUUACGCGUUUGUGAACAUGUUGGAGCACGAGAGCGCGGUGCGGCUGACAGACAUCUUUCACAGGUUCAACGACUGGUGCUUCGAGAGCGCGAAGGUCUGCGAGGUCUCCUGGGCGUACCCGCACCAGGGCCUGGAGCAGCACGUCGAGAGGUACCGCAACAGCCCCGUGAUGCACCCCACGAUGCCAGAGGACU